AUGAACGAGGUAGAUGAAAAUGAGAUCAAUGAGGCGUUUCAGGAGCCGAAGAAAAAAUUUUGGCAGAGAUCCUCAAGAAAAAGGACCAAGAGUGAUGUAAUCAGUGUGAGUUCAAUGGACAUUUCUCUAGAUUCAACAAUUAUAAAAAGGAAAAAAAGACGGAGGAUUACCGAGUUAGCCAGCAAUUUUUUAGCCGCAUCGACUACUGGUCGGCUGAGCAAUGUGCUUCAGCGGUCUUUUGGGUUUCACAGUAAUACUUCUGUGGGUAUGAUUGACGAGGACGGCGAGUCUGGACCUAGUAACAGAACGCGCAGCAAAUGCGAGCAAGUAGGAAGCGUAGUGAUGAACAGUUGGGUGACAGAUAUAUCAAAAUACCCACCUGAGAAAUUAACUUCAAGUAUGAGCAGAAAUGACAUUAAAAGACAAGAAGCUAUUUACGAGCUUUAUUGCGGAGAAAACGUGCUGCUAAAUGACCUCCAGGAGCUCAAAGAGUCCUACCUGGAGCCCUUGCAGUCGACGGACAUCUUCACACCCAGUGAACUACGCACAUUGUUCGGAGACAUAGACAUGCUGAUCCACGUGCACAGCAAACUCCGAGACGACUUAAUAGAACUGCGAGACACGUCGGGGUUCACCAAUUCAAUUGGCCCGACGAUACUCGAGUGGUUAUCAACGCUCACAGAGCCCUACGUCGAGAGGUGCAGGUCCCAGAUAAUGGCGAGGCACUUGCUGGAGACAAAACGGGCGCGGAGUAAAAAAUUCCAGGAGUUUCUAAAAAAAAAAAUGGAAUCACCGCGGGCAGUUGAUUUGUGGACGUACUUGGACGUAGCUCGGUCUCGCAUCGUUAAAUAUCCGCUGUUGAUAAAAGAAAUAGUGAGACGAACCCCGUCGACGCACGAGGACUACUUGGUGCUCAAAGAAGCCAGUAUUAUAUUCACAGAGAUGUUGGAGACAAUAGACCAGGCUAUGGGAGACGCCGAGUGUGAGCUAGCUCGGAUGAAAAUCAUCUCCAAGACUGACUACGACCCAGAAGAAUUGAUAAAAACCGCAAGGGAGCUCAUCACCGAAGGACAGCUUAAAGAUCCUCGCGGAUUGAAGCUCCAUUGCUUUUUAUUCGACAACUGCUUCGUGGUCACUCGGCCGGUCAUUAAGUCCAGGUCGAAGAACUACGAUCUACAUUGUCCUGUCAUUCCCAAGGAUCAGCUGCUUACAGAGUCUUCGGAUGGUGAUGAGGAUAGUUGCUUGAAAGUUGGAGACCGCACUUUGAUCGUGAGAGACGAGCAUGAUAAAAAACACUGGAUUGAUGCCUUUAAGAAAGCCAAGUGUGUUACUAAAAAAGUUAAGAAAAAGUCUAUGGACAGCGGUGAUAAAUCUUCUGAGGAAUCCUUAAGGGUGUUACGUGACAAACAGUUUCUCAAGCGAAGUACUCGUGAACGUCCGAUUUGA